CUGGCUAAAUCCUUUAUUUGUUAUUGGUCAUAAACGGAAACUAGAAGAAGAUGAUAUGUACAAAGUACUCACUGAGGAUUCGUCUAAGGUGCUCGGGGAAACACUGCAAUGGUACUGGGAUAAAGAAGUACAAAAGGCUGAAAAAGAAGCAAGAACACCACGUUUGACAAAAGCAAUUAUCCUUUGUUACUGGAAAUCUUAUUUAAUGCUGGGUUGCUUUACAUUGGUUGAGGAAACUCUGAUACUAAUUCAGCCAGUAUUUCUGGGAAUGAUUAUUGGGUAUUUUGAAAAGAUUGGCUCUACGCAUGCUGACGAAAAUGCUUUGGCCUACGCCUAUGUCUCUGCUGCAGCCUUAUCAGUGUGCACUUUGAUUCUGGCCAUCACUCAUCAUCUGUAUUUUUAUCAUGUACAACGUGCUGGCAUGAAGCUGAGGGUAGCCAUGUGCCAUAUGAUUUAUCACAAGGCGCUUCGUCUGAGUAAUACAGCCAUGUCAAAAACUACAACUGGUCAGAUUGUAAAUCUUUUAUCAAAUGAUGUGAAUAAAUUUGAUCAGGUGACUAUUUUCUUGCAUUUCUUAUGGGCUGGACCCGUUCAGGCAAUAGCUGUGACUGUCCUUCUGUGGCUUGAGAUUGGCCCGUCCUGCCUUGCAGGAAUGGUGGUGCUGUUUAUUCUUCUUCCCUUUCAAACCUGCAUUGGCAGGCUCUUCUCAGCUCUAAGUCUUCACUCUUGAGUGCUGUCCUGGGUGAGCUGUCUCCAAUCAAAGGUUUUAUAGAUGUUCAAGGAAAAAUAGCUUAUGUUUCUCAGCAACCCUGGGUGUUUUCUGGCACAGUAAGAAAUAACAUACUUUUUGGAAAGGAAUAUCGAAAGGAAAAAUACGAGAAGGUUUUAAGAGCCUGUGCUCUUAAAAAAGAUAUUGACCAGCUGGAAGAUGGAGACCUAACAAUGGUUGGAGACAGAGGAGCCACUUUGAGUGGUGGACAAAAAGCCAGGAUUAAUCUUGCUAG